CUUGUGGAUGAAAUUUAGCGGUACUAUACUAUACUCCAUUUUCCUGCCUCUAUUUUUCUCGUACAAUUUUCACUCUCAUCUCUCUCUCUCUCUCUCGGACGGUCAAGGGCUGCACUUCUCAAGAAGCUUUGAGCCUAUUUGAAGGAUGUGGUGGCCGGUAUUAUAAGCUUAUCUUGAGUCUUCAUGGCUCUUACUGCAAGCAAAGUUUUAAAAGGUCAUGCGAAUACUGAUGGGAUAAUUCUCAAUAACUUACAUGGUACCAAUUAUAUAUUUGCCAAUUCACCGCAGCACGCAAGAUUGCAUGGUACAAAUCAAGGAGUUGAGCUUGGCCGACAGAGUGAUUUACAUCCCUUGACAUUAAAGUGGAAACUCUCUAAGAAAGCAUUUUGGCACAUUUGCAGCAAGCCUAGUAGUUCUAUUCUUUCUCGAGGACUUUCUGUCAUUUGUCGAUCCAGAGGGACACAAAAGACUGAAUCACGCGAAUGUGUCAGAGACCAUUCUGAUGUAUCUAGAGCACAGAGUUGUCACGAGGAUGAUGAACAUCACAUCAGGCUGGAAAGAACUAAUCACCCACACCAGCGGUUGGCCGAGGCAUGCCAGUUUGUUCACAACGACGCCAAAUUUGUCAAUGAAAGGGCUCGAAAUGACAUUGUCUUGCUUUCUCGUGGCAUCAUGAGGUUGGAUGCCCGCGCUCGCCAGGAUGUUGCUAUUAUUGGUUCAGAGUUUCUUAAGCUUGAUGCUCGGGCAAGGAAGGAUACUAAGAAAAUUGACAAUGAUGUGAAGAAAAAAGCUGAGCGCCUUCAUCAUAUUGCUACUAUCUUAACAGACAAAGCUCAAUCUAAGUUGAAGAAAGUCGCUGAUAAGCACUGGAGUGAUGGAGCCUUGGAGGCUGAUUUGAGGCGUGCAGACUUCUUUGCCAAACAACGUGCACUGGAAGAUGCCUUAAUGGCUUUGGAGUUCGUCAAAAAUGUCCAUGACACGAUGUUAAACAAGAUGUACAAGUUGAAAAAAUAUUCUCAAUCAACCGAUAGCAUGGAGGGGAAUAUAAUGAUUGAAAAGAAUGGAAAAACUCUGGACUUCUUUCCAGGGGAAGUAUCCACGGGUCGCAUUACUGCCAUCCAGGAAGCUUAUUGGGGUAUGGCAUCUGCGCUCUCUGAAGCUGAUGGAAUUGACUACACUGAUCCAGAGGAGCUCGAGUUAUUGGUGGCUACACUUAUUGAUCUUGAUGCAAUGGAUGGUAAAAGUAGCGUAUCUUUAUUAGCCGAGUGUUCAAGUUCCCCUGAUGUUAAUACUAGAAAAGCACUUGCUAAUGCAUUAGCAGUGGCACCAUCCAUGUGGACGCUUGGAAAUGCAGGAAUGGGAGCAUUGCAGAGACUAGCAGAAGACAGCAACCCAACAAUUGCAGCUGCAGCGUCGACGACUAUAUAUGAACUCAAGAAACAAUGGGAAAUAGAAGAGGGAGAUAGCUGGAGAUUCACAAUGAAUCAAAUGCCUAUGGAUCAGGACAAAGUAGUAAGUGAAGAACUCGACGAUGAUGAUUCGAAAGAGUGAAAGAAAGAAUAACUAUAUACAAUCAUACUGUAGAUACCAACGAGGGCCAAAUACUGGGGUUUUAAGACCAUCUCUCAAAACCCCAGGCCACAACUCUGCCGCUAAAAUCGAGGAAGCAGGUUACCAAUGUUACGUUGGAAUCCCACCAAAGAAAGGUUCCUGGAGUGAUCUCUACAUUUUCAUUUUCUUCGAAAAUGUAUCUUGGAAUUUAUCAUUUCUGAUAUUAGCAAUGUCCUUUCCUCCUAAAACGUAUCCUACUGUACUGGUGGCAUAAAACGUGGGUUUGGUUCGCCCUCAUGCAUAAUUACUCCAAAUUGUUCAA